AGUUGAGCAUAGAUGAGAGAGGGGCCAUUGUAUACAAUAGACAACAAAUUUUGCUCCUUUUCUUGUGUUCCUUCAGAAGGAAGAAAAUCCCAUCUCUUAUUUGCUCCUUAUUUUCUCAUCUUACUCUUUUAAGGAAAAAAACAAACAAGAUCAUUGUCGGCUACACUCCCAAACACUCAAUCUCCUUCCUCUCAUAUACAGUUUUUCCCCAAUUCUUCAAGAAAAAGAAACCCUAGCUAAACAUGGCUGCUCCCAAACUAGAAAUGAGACCUCUCGGAAACACGGGCCUCAAGCUCAGCAGCGUGGGCUUCGGAGCUUCCCCUCUCGGCAGCGUCUUCGGUUCCGUUUCCGAAAGCGACGCUGUCGCCUCCGUCCUCGAAGCCUUCCGCCUCGGAAUCAACUUCUUCGACACCUCCCCGUAUUAUGGAGCGACAUUGUCAGAGAAGAUGCUUGGUAAGGGACUUAAAGCUCUUGGAGUUCCUAGAAGUGAAUAUAUAGUUUCGACAAAAUGUGGGAGAUAUCGUGAAGGUUUUGAUUUCAGUGCUGAGAGAGUAACUAAAAGCAUUGAUGAAAGCUUGGAGAGGUUGCAACUUGAUUAUGUUGAUAUAUUUCAAUGCCAUGACAUUGAAUUCGGCUCUCUUGAUCAGGUUGUGAAUGAGACGAUUCCGGCACUUCAAAAACUGAAGGAAGCAGGGAAGAUUCGUUUCAUUGGUAUCACCGGGUUGCCCUUGGAAAUUUUUACUUAUGUGCUUGAUAGGGUUCCACCAGGCACUGUUGAUGUAAUAUUAUCAUAUUGCCAUUAUAGCAUUAAUGAUUCAACAUUGGAGGAUUUAUUGCCUUACUUGAAAACCAAAGGUGUUGGCGUAAUCAGUGCAUCUCCACUUGCUAUGGGACUUCUUACUGAGUUUGGUCCACCGGAGUGGCAUCCGGCAUCUCCCGAACUCAAGUCUGCCUGCCAAGCUGCUGCUGUAUAUUGUAAAGAGAAAGGAAAGAAUAUUUCGAAGUUAGCUAUGCAAUACAGCUUGUCAAACAAAGAUAUUUCGACAGUGCUGGUUGGCAUGAACUCGGUUAAACAGGUUGAAGAGAAUGUUGCCGCUGCAACAGAACUUGCACUAUUCGGGAAAGAUCAUGAAACUCUAGCUGAGGUGGAAGCAAUCCUGAAGCCAGUGAAGAAUCAGACAUGGCCGAGCGGAAUUCAACGAAGCUGAGCAACAAUAUCGACCCGUAUUUUUAUUAUUGUAUGCAUAUAUUCUCCCACAUGGAAUGGGGGCAACCAUUCUGUUGUUAUGAUACUAGUAUUCAGAUGACAAAAAUUUCCGUCCCUGUCCAAGUAAACUUGCUACUGUCCGAUUAACGAGUAUCAUUGAAAUAAUAAGCAGUCUGUCUCAUUGAAUA